CCAGGGAUUGUUUCGGCUCUUGUUAAUACCAGACAGAAAUGUCAAACGGUCUGGUCAGACUUUCAGAUGAGGAGAUACAGCAGUCAAAUCCGGAGGCUGACCAGAAGCAUGGAGACUCCGACCAUGUAGAGGUCAUCUAUGAUCGCCGCGAGGGGCUAGCUGAAAUCCCCAACAAUGCCGCAACGCCUGAACCUCAUCCAUCCUCAUCUACCUCCUUUCAAAAUAUGCCUACAACGUUUCAACAUCAACACCAACACCAACCACCCGAAUGGGCUACUUCAACAUACGCUCAAAAUCAACCGGAGCCAGGCCUUUUCCCUUCCCGUGCCCAACUCCAAACAUCACCCCCAGUCCUACCAGUGAUUUCCUACCCUCCACCUCCUAUAGCGGUACUGCAGCAUCGCCUCCCACCCCUCCCAUACGGAUGCUUUUACCUGUGAUGAGUCCUCACCGUCAGUCUCAGCCACUCCGGGCACCCAUAGGCUUACCUUUUGAGAGGGUUCAGACUUCAACCCGCUGACCCAUCGUCCAUCUCCCAUGGCGUCCCUGCUCGAAUCAAGCCCUGCCGUAUUAGGACAAAGUCAUUUUAAACUGCAGACUGACCUUGAUAUGGUUGUUCAAGAAGCUAUUAAGAGUGUCCGCGAUGGGAGCUUUGAUGAACACACUGCGGGAAAAUUUAAGAAAGAGGCCAAGACAAUUCUGUCAGCAACAACUCCAACAGAUGACAGGACGGCUAGAUUCAGUCAGCUAGUAUGUGCAAGACUCAACAGACUCUUCAUACUAGAGAGGUGCAGUCAAGUUCUGAAUGGUCUGCGAUUUCUGUACAAUGCUUUGAUCUUGACCGGGGAACUUGACGUGUACAUAUCCAAAGACCCAGAAGACAACGAUGUAGAGGUGAAGUUGACAAAAGAAUUUGGGAAGAUAGAAACUUCCCUAUGGAAAUCAGUGUUCCAGAACACAAAUUUUACUGCUGAACGCUACGAGGAGCUGCUUCAGCUGCUGCAGGAGUUACUUCUCAUGGCAAAGAAAACAUACCAGGAAAACCCCGGGGUGUGUUAUCUCGCCUCUUUCCGUGUGUUCCAAGCAUACUGCAGGAUGAGGCUUCACAAGGAUAACUUUUUCGACAAGACCAAACAUCUGAUCCUUUUGAUGGCCAAAUGUGCCUAUGAAAAGGGGCUCUACGAAGGGGCUGGGAAGUUGGCGAAAGUCGCUGCGGAGGUUUAUUUCAAGAUGGACGACAGUGCGGCCCUGGAAAUGUGGUCAAAAUGCUGUCACAAAAGUGGGAACUUGAGACUGGCAGUUCAAUGUGCGGAGCUGGCGCUUUCAUCCUGUCCGGGUAAUUUGUGGGAUGAGAAAUGUCGACUUCAGAAGUAUCUAGAUGCCUUGCGUCUUGAGAACCAAAUGGCUUCACAACAUCAUACUACAUAUGAAGCAAACCCAGAAUGGCUCCAAGGCCCACACGUUUUGCACAACGCACUGAAGUCACAGCAAGAAAAGGCCGAGAAAGUGAAAGUUGAACACAAGAAAACAAAAUACAAAACAAAAGCCAUACCCAAAACAAGGUCAUCUCAAAAUGUUGAACAAGACAAGGCUCACCGUUCUGACUUGACUCUUAAGGCUAUUCAGCAGGCAAUGCCAGCCAAAACACAGGUAUACCGUCCAUAUACAGCCCAAAAAUUCCACGAGGAAGUUGUAAUAGAGGUUGAUCCGUGGGAAGAGAUUAGUGAAGACGAUGAUGAUAGGUUAGAAGCUUUGCCAGAGGCAUCCUAUGACUGGUCUGAAUCUGAAGAAGAAGAAGAAGAAGAAGAAGAAGAGAAGGUUCAUAAAGGGGAUGGAGAAGAUGCCCAAGACGAGGGAGGGAGAAAGACAUGGUUUGAAGAAAGUCAGGAACUGUACGCUGAAGGGGGAAACGAAGACGAACUUGUUGCUGGAGAAGGGUUAGAUAUAAAUUAUAUUCCUAAAACUACAACGAAGGGUUUGAAAUACCAUCAAAAGAAGGACAAGGCUCAACUACAACAUUUAUUGGCCACCAACCCUAAGAAAUACAAGAGAUGUCGCAUUGAACUGGAUGGUCCUCAUCGAGCUACCUGUAAAGUUUUGGAGGCUGGACAGAAGAAUCACAAAAUAGAGAUACAUGGUCGUGGAAAAUGUGGCCAAACAUUUAACAAUGACGAAGUUGUGGUUGAAAUCUUGAACAGAGAAAAUGACAAUAGUGAUACAGUCUUUGGAAAUGUUGUUGGCACUCUUAGCAGCAAAUUUCAAGAUGUGGACUUUCCAUUGCUUGCUUGUAGCAACAAUCCAAAGGAGGUAUAUGUAAUGCAUCCAUUGUGCAGAAGUGUUCCAAAAAUCUAUAUCUGGAAUGGAAAAACAAAACAAAACCACGCAGACCAUAAAUACAGAAUUGAUAUCUACAAAAUCGGUCACAGAAGAAAACUUGAGUUUGAUAGAUAUUUCGACAUUUUGCCGAAUAAAAGAGGCCAAUAUGUGUUCCUGGUUGUGUUCCUAACCUGGAGUCCUCAACACACAUAUCCAAAAGGUGCUGUUCUCAGGGUUCUAGAUUGUGGAGGGGACUAUGCUUCAGGUCUCAACGUCUUGAAGCAACAGUUUAGAGUUCCAACUUACUACACAAAGGCAGCAGUUACACAUGUAGAGGAAUUGUUACAGCAAGACCAACUGUCUUUAAAAGGGUAUGAUGAUUUGAGAGAACAAAGUGUAUUUACUAUUGACCCUCCACAGGCGAGAGACCUUGAUGAUGCACUCAGUAUAUGGAAAGCAGGAGAAAACUUUGUGGUCGGUGUCCACAUUGCCGAUGUUGCCGCUGUUGUCAAGAAGGGUGAUCCUGUGGACCAGGAGGCUCAAAAGAGGUCUACAACUUUCUAUCCAUCGUCAAACUGGAGAAGUCACAAUAUGCUGCCAGAACCACUUAGCCAAGACAAGCUGAGCUUGUUACCAAACAAAGACAGACGAGUCCUGUCUGUUUUAUUUGUCGUUGAUAGUGAUGGAGUGGAUGUUGAAAAACCUGUUGUCAAGAAACACAUCAUUCGAUCUUGUCGCAAGUUUUCAUAUGACGAGGCACAGCUGGUUAUAGAUGGAAACAAUGAUGAUGUCGAGUGUACUGAUCAUCUCAAAGACUGUAUCAAACAGCUUCACCGACUGUCUCAGAAAAUUCGUUCAAAACGUUUGAAGAACUCUCGGUUUAAUGUGCCAUUUGAGGAUCCAAGAUUUGUGGACUUUCAGACGUUCCUCACCUCUGUGGAAGCUCACGCUCUAGUUGAAGAAUUCAUGAUAAAAGCUAAUCGGUUUGUAGCGUCAUUAUUGAUGGAACGUUUCAGAGUCUGUGUUCCUCUUCGGUGUCAAGAUCCUCCACCAGAAGAAGAGGUGGAGAAAUGGAUUGAAGACGAGCAGCAUAUCAUGGACUUACUUGUUGCACUACAGGGCAAAUCCAUCCUAGACAAGACAAUUGUCAAUGUUGACAAACAGUGUGAGACUUCGAGAGAACAUAGAAAACAGUACGUCCCCGUUCAAAGGAAUGUCUGGGGAAAAUACUUGAAGGUUAGAGAAAAAGAUCUUAAGUCUGUGCAAGGCCUUCUUUGUUGUGAUCAGCUGCACCCCUUACAAUGUCUUGCUACGAGUCACUGGCUUGAUAUUAUGGAGUCGGCUGUGUACAAAUGUUCUGGGAAUGGAACAGGAACUGAUCUGCAGCACUUCUCCCUAAAUAUCCAGCCCUACACUCACUUUACAUCACCUAUAAGAAGGUACGUUGAUCUUGUCAACCAUCGUUUGGUGCAUGCUCUCCUUGAAAAACGGAAUACAUCUCCGUACUCAGUGGAAGAAAUGACCACUCUUUGCUCAGAACUCACCGAAUCGUGUAGGAGACAAAAACGUUUUGAUAGAGCCUCUGUGGGUGUCCAGCAGGCCGAACAGUUGGCCUCAGCACCAAUGUUGUUUGACGCUGUUGUUGAUACUGUGUGCGAUAGUCAGGUCACACUAUGUAUACCCUCGUUGAAAAAGAUGUCCAACAGAAGCAAAGCACUGAAAUUCAAACUUCUAGAUUUCUGCCGAAGACCUGAAGAAUUUCGGUGUGAUCGCAUGAAUAAGAUGAUUGUACGUGGGUCCUGGAACAAGAGAAUUUACAGGUUAGUGAAGCCAACCAGCCACCAGCAAAUGGCAGCUUCACAAUCACAUCAGGCACCAAGAGUAACAGAGGAUGUGCAAAUUGACUCAAACAUGCAUACAGUGCACAUUCAAUUAUCUGAUUUUGCCAAACUGUUGCAGGCUGUAUUUGAGGACUCCCAGAAGAUAUGUAGUGUUGCAAAAACCCUUUCACGAAAAGGAGAACGUUGCUACCUGAAUGGAACAGGAGUCCAAAAGGUGGCAGCAGCUGACUGUUCUGAGACAUUGGACAUAAGCCACCACUGCAGGUUCAGUUUCAAUUUUACCCCAGGUCAGAUAUUGAAGGUUCAGAUGCAUGCUACUGCUGAUCAAGGUGUCCUCACGCCGUAUGUGCAGAUGUUCCAGGUGUGCGAAAACCUGAAUCUUUGUCUCGGUCAUUGGUAUGAUCCUGUGGACAUCUUUGCCAAAUAUGUCAAGAGAUCCGUCAGAAAUUGUGAAUUCACAUCCACAAAGGAUUAUCAAAGAACGUGGCUACCUCUUUUAGAAAUGGAGUCAGCUACUGGAGCUGUUGGCAGUGAGGGAUCGAUCAUCCUAAAAAAUCUUAAUGUGAGAUUGGAGAGGAUAGCAGAUUCAAUACUUGGGUGGUUUUCCUUGGACUCUGCAUUUUGUGAUGCCUGCACAAUUGAGAUAGAUGGGAAAACAGUUGAUAGAUUGACAAAAGUGAAAUCUGGUGAGACGCCAUUUGAUAACAUUCCUAAACACGGAUCUUUGGAAUAUAUUUGCAUCCGGUAUACUCCAAAUGAGUACCAAAAGAAUAGCAGCAUAUUUGAGGAUUCGUCUGUGUGGAUAGGACAUGCUGUGAUAAAGAAGAUCAGAAAAAAAGGAGAUCAAACGAAAAGUACAGAUGAUCAUUAUGGACAGAUCAUAGCAACUUUCCAGAUGAUGCCCAACUCCAUUUCCCCUCCUCAACAUUUACUGAGAACAACAUUUUCAGCAUUGGUUGAAAUCAUCUUCAAAACUGAAGUUGACAGGAGAUGUGAACAGAUGUUGAGGAACCUGGAUGAGGACAGCAAACUGGCUACAAGCAUCGCUCUGAACUCGAAGAGAAAACCCCUGAGUGCGGUUCGACUUCAAAUUUGCAAGAACAGCCAACCUGAUAUUCUUCCAGGAGAACUGAGUUGGUUCUGCCUUCAUGCCAGCAAACAACAGGAAUCAGAGAAAGCUAUAAUUAGGGCUCUGGGAGAACCCUUCAGUCUAAUACAGGGUCCACCGGGCACCGGAAAGACUUACACUGGUUUGAAACUGGUCUAUUUGUUCAACAAAAUCAACAAGGAGAUGCACAGCAAGGGGUAUGACAAGGAACAGAAGCAAAUUCUCUUCUGUGGACCUUCAAACAAGUCCGUUGACCUUGUUGCCAAGUACCUUAUGCAGAAGCUGGGGCCUCAAUGUCCGAAGAUUUUACGGAUGUAUGGGAAGACAAUAAAAAACCAAGACUUCCCAAUACCAAAACGUGACUUCAUCUCAAAAAGAAGUACAAGGGGCCUUAAGUCUGACCCUGACCUGAGGAGCAUCACGCUCCAUUUUGUCAUCCGACAGAAAGGAAAACCAUACGCUGAGAAGAUCAAGGCAUAUGAUGCGAAGUUUGCAGCAGACCCAAAAGGAACGAACAUCAGCCUGAAUGAAAUACGACACUAUAAUCAUCUCGUUGGAAAAGCCGAGGAAGGAGAACUGAGAAUAUGUGACGUGAUCUUGUGCACAUGCGGGGUUUCUGGAAGCACAAAGCUUACAAAGCCAACUAGGAUUUUCCAGUGUAUCAUUGAUGAAAGUGCAAUGUGCCCAGAACCCCAGAGCAUGAUCCCGAUUGUUGCUACCGAGGCAGAGCAGGUGGUGCUGAUCGGGGAUCACCAACAGCUGAGGCCCAUUGUAAAAUCUACUCAUGCUGCAGAGUUGGGGCUGGACCAGUCUUUGUUUGAAAGAUACAAAGAUGAGGCAUCCUUCCUUAACAUCCAGUACAGAAUGCAUCCAAAGAUAUGCAUGUUCCCAUCUAAUCAGUUCUACGAUGGAAAGUUAUUGACCGGCCCGGAUCAGAUCAAUGAUGCACGUUGGUACAUAGCCGGGGAGGAACUCUCCAUCUGGCCUGAGAAGACCAACCCCAAAGUGUUCUGCCACGUGGAGGGGGAGGAGACGACACUGACUGUGUCCACAGAAGAGGGCAAUGAGCAAUCCAAGUCUAACAUGAAAGAAGUAGAAAAAGUAGUGGACGUGUUCCUGUACCUUGUGAGGACUGCGGGCAUUCUACCCACAGACAUCAAUGUGAUGUCACAGUACAAUGCACAGCGGCAUGCCAUUAAGGAGAAACUGGAUCUAUGCGGUUCGUUUCCUGGUUUGAAUGUCCAGACCGUUGUUGCUAGUCAAGGGGGUGAGUGGGACUACGUGAUAUUCAGCACUGUGCGGUCCCUGCCCCACUACAAGAUAGAGAGUAACCCAACACGUGGCUGGUGCAAACACAACCUGGGCUUCAUCACAGAUGCUAACCAGAUCAACGUGGCGCUCACUCGGGCCAGGAAAGGGCUGAUCAUCAUCGGAAAUUCCAAGCUGCUUCGCUGUGAUCCGAUAUGGAGGAAGCUGCUAAACACGUACAAAGAAGAUGGGGAGAAUUGUUUCGUACAGGAUGCAGCAGACUUUCCCCCUCCCGUGUUGAGACGGAGACCAAACAGGAGGACUCCCCGGCUUGGCAUGGCAGGAGUUCUGCCGAAACCUGUUUAACACAGAGAUGGCCCUGUCAACAUGUGUGAAAAGACCCACAGCUCCAACAAGAGCGAGUCCUCAGCUCCAUCAAGUGCGAGUCCACAGCUCCAACAAGAGCGACUUUCAAAUACUGGAUACAUCGACAGCACACAGAAGCUUCGUCACCUGCAGCUGUAUCUGGUAGAGACAAUGUAGAUGAAAUUACAACUGUCACUGUGAUAGUCAUAUAUAAAUGUGUGUGUGUGUGUGUGUGUGUGUCAAUGCCUAUGUAUAUGCUUACGUAUCUACACCUAUAUAGAUGCAUUAUUUAGAGGUAAUGUAUGUCUUUGGAUAGUCUAUAUUUCUUGUACAGUUUCUGCACAACAACCAUAUGUGUUACUACUGAUUUUCUUCUUCUGCACCCGGGUUCGAUUCCCCACAUGGGUACAAUGUGUGAAGCCCAUUUCUGGUGUCCCCUGCCGUGAUGCUGCUGGAAUAUUGCCACAAUCGACGAAAACCUCACUCACUCACUCAAUACAUAUUGUUUGCAUAUACACCAUAUUUUGCACAUUUGGUUAUGUUUAUCAAUAUAUAUAAAUCAUUCUAACUUUACAUCUACAAUGAGUUAAUUUAUAUUAGUUAUUAUUUGAUAGGGAUUCAUUUACGCUCAUGGUAUAAAUAGAACUGUACAAUGGAUAUUCCUUAUGAUAUGGAAAAUAGUGUUUUUCGUUGACUGUGUUUGUACCCGGAUUGUCCCAUUGUGGUAGCCUGUGGGACUGUUUCAGGCAUGUCCAGUAAACUAUCUUUACUUACGACGACAUAUGGACAGAAACUGUCCCCGAAUAUGAACAUUGAGUUGACUUUCCUAUUCCAAUUACUUGGUUUCUUCAACGCGACGUUUCAGUGGAGGUGCAAGCAUCCUUUUCAAUCAAGCGCAUUUGCUUAGCCUCUGUCUUGCUUCUACAGGGGCAGUGGGGUAGCCUAGUGGUUUAAACGUUCGCUUGUCCCGCUGAAGAUCCUGGUUCUAUUUUCCAGAUGGGUAUAAUGUGGAUACUGGCAUCUCCCCCAUGAUGCAUCAGGAAUAUUGCUGAAAGUAGCUAAAAACCAUAUUCACCUAAAAUGUCACUAAAGUAUGUGUUCGCAAACCUGAGGAAUCCUUAAUGCAACUCAUUGCUGUUUAUAAAUAUUCUUUAAACUGCGGAAGUAUCAAUGCACUCCACACAUGGGCAUUUCCGGGCAACUGAUAGUAUACAUUUUGUGAAAAAAACGAAACAAAAGACAUGGUUAUGCGAAGGUGAUUAAGUUGGUACGGUUAUCAGUUUUAUGUUGGACUUUCAAUGUUAAGCAACUAUUUCCAUUGAAGUACGCUUUGAUAUCCUUCGUACUAGUGGGCCCAAGUCCAAUCUACAAGUGUAUACUUUCUUUCCCUGUCGGUUUACUCCGUGGUCUUUUCAAACUAUAGAAAACCUUGACCAAUGAUAACUACAUGUUCAUUCUGUCCUAACUUGGUAAGUCUCCGGUCAGAUCGGAAUAUCCUACAUCUAUAUGUACAAUAGAGGCAUUCGAAUGAUAGUUACAGAUAGUUGAUUAUCACCAUCUUAAAGGGGCUUUCGAUGAGGUCUCUAGGUAUGUAAAUUGAAAUAAUUUACUGGUGCCUUGCACAUAUGUAAACAUAUUCAAAGGUUUAGCCAUUUACUUGAAAAGCAACAUGUAUAUUUGUAGUUGUACAUUUGUAGUUGUAUGUUUAUGUAAAUGUACAUUUACAUCCAUAAACAGUGACUCUCUCCCAACUUUUAAGAGAAAACUCAAAACAUUUCUUUUCUCAUCUAGUGAUUGAACUGUAACGUGUAAAGCACCAUUGAUCGGCUGCAUACAGCUGGAAAUAGGGGCUAUACAAAGCAAUUAUUAUUAUUGUUAUUAUUAUUAUUAUCAUAUUAUUAUCUCUCUCUCUCUCUCUCUCUCUCUCUCUCUCUCUCU